GCCGUCGACACAGACUCGUAGUACCUCGAACGCCCCGGCAGGCAGGCAGAGUGUGUGUUGAGUCCCGGUUUUUUUUCACUUCCCCGUUCACUCCCCCAUAACAAAAACUCUUCCCUUUGCCCCUGAACCGGUUUGCUCCGUGUCGGUGUGCGUGUAUUCCUAUGUUUUCAUCUCUCUCCCUGUCCGCCGGGUUAGUGCUUUCGUGCCCAAGCUUCCAAGCGCUGGAGUGCUAGAGAAAGAGAGGAAGCAAAAAAAAAACGUGUCGCUUUCGUCGCAACCUAACUCCGCAAAGUGUCCACCCGGGUGCCCGGUUGUGUGCGUGUGUGUUUGUGUGUGUGUCCUGAAAGUCGGAAGAACGUGGUGUGGCCGCAAUUUGCGCGCGCGCUAGCCGAGGUGUGGUCCAGUUCCAGAUCUUCCUGCUUGUCCUGCUUCUUGCUGUGUGUGUGCGCGCGCCCAGAUGAACCUCCCUCCUGGAGUGCAGACGGUUCCUUGAGAAGAAGAAUGAAAAUACGACGCAAUCGUCGGCCGCCCGCAAACAGAAGAAGAUGCUCUCAGGGCAUUUCCCAACCUGCACCGUAGGAUUGCUGAUUUGGUUCGGAUGCUUUUCCACGCUCGUACACGCAAACAUCAUUCAUAAUGUGCUGGGUCUGCCGGACACCUGCGUCUACCAGAACCAGGUUCGCACCUGCCGGCUUUCCUUCUCCUGCUGGCUGGAGGGUGGACGGCACGUGUCCGGCUGUGGCGAAAACCGAUGGCUCAUGUCCUGCUGUGUGUACGACAAUGAGCAAUCGAGUGCCGUUCUUGCGCCAAAGGUAGCGUACGCCGGACCGAUGGUACCGAUGGUGCCAGUGCUGCAGCCCAUCGUACCGGUGAACCGACCCAACAUGCUUGCUCCACCCCAAAGCUUUACCAAGAAGAAAAGCUUUUUCCAUCGUCGCUCCGACCAGCUGAUGCAGAACGAAUGUGGCAUUCCGCAAACGUCACAGAACACGCUGCAGAAGCGCAUCAUCGGCGGACGGACGGCCAACUUUGCCGAGUACCCGUGGCAGGCGCACAUCCGCAUAGCGGAGUACCAGUGCGGUGGUGUGCUGGUGUCACGCCGGUUCGUCGCCACUGCGGCCCACUGCAUCCAGCAGGCCCGGCUGAAGGACAUCCUCAUCUAUCUGGGCGAGCUCGAUACGCAAAACUCGGGCAAAAUUGUUGAACCCCUGCCGGCGGAGAAGCAUCGGGUGGAGAUGAAAAUCGUCCAUCCGAAGUUUAUCUUCCGCAUGACGCAACCGGACCGGUACGAUUUGGCCCUGCUGAAGCUUACCCGGCCGGCCGGCUACAAGUCACACAUACUGCCCAUCUGUCUGCCGAUGCGGCCGCUGGAGCUGGUCGGCCGCAAGGGCAUCAUUGCCGGGUGGGGCAAAACCAACGCCAACAUGGGCCAGACGGGUACCAACAUCCUUCGAACGGCGGCCGUUCCUAUCAUUAGUACAAAAGAAUGUUUGCGAUGGCACAGCAGCAAAAACAUCAACGUGGAGCUGUUCAACGAGAUGUUCUGCGCCGGCCAUUCCGAUGGACAUCAGGAUGCUUGCUUGGGUGACUCGGGUGGGCCGCUCAUUAUCAACGAUCGCGGGCGGUACACGCUGAUCGGCAUUACCAGCGCUGGGUUCGGCUGUGGCGUUGACCAUCAGCCCGGCAUCUACCACAACGUGCAGAAAACAAUCAAAUGGAUACAGAGCGUUAUCUAUGCGUAAGGCAGGGAAGGGGAUGCCGUAUGUCUUCCCGUGGUGCUCUCUUCACCCCCCAAAAACAGUGCAAACCAGCGGUGCAGUAAAAACAGUAUUGAUUAUUUAUUGAGAUAGCAUUUUAAUCAACCUGGCGAAAGCGAAUGCAGCACACUAUUGUGAUCUUUUUUCCUUUUUUUUUUAAUCUGCGAACGAUGCAAACAAAACGUAACAAAACGAUGAAAAUCUUCUACCCUUACUAGUGGUGCAAAACGUUUCAAAAGUUACCGUGCUACACAAUUUCUUAGGAAGAUUUUACCAGUUUGAAUGAUUGACUGAUUGCUCUCUGUAUUCUUCAAGUGACGCUAAUUCAAGAGCGAGCGAACAAUGCAAUGAAUUUUAUGAAAUAAAUUA